CAGCACUGCACUGACCUCCACUCAGCUCUCUGUGCUUGAACUUGGUCUUUCUUUUGUUCCAACCCCAUCUGCUGUCACACCCCCUCUCUCCAGUCGCCCUCCUCCGUGCCAGCUCAGUUAAGACUGUGUGUGUGACUGUGCACAGACUGUGUUCAUGAGGACGCGUUGAUGUCUCGCAUGUUGAGGACGAUGCAGCGGCUCACCUCCAGCCGGGGAUCCUCUUCUUCUGCCCAGCGGGAGUAGGACGACUCUUGACGCCGUUUCAGGAGAAUCAGACGCCGGCUAGUUGUCCUCAAAAACACCGCCAACAUGGAUCUGUCCUUCAUGGCAGCGCAGAUUCCGGUGAUGACAGGCGCCUUCAUGGACUCAUCGCCCAACGAUGACUACAGCACUGACCACUCUCUGUUCAACUCGUCUGCCAGCGUCCACGCUGCAUCCAUGGCAGCUCAAGGCCCACCUGAGGAGCCUCAGUCCAUGUCCCGGGAUGCCAUUUGGCUCUGGAUCGCCAUCACUGCCACUAUUGGGAACAUAGUGGUUGUGGGCGUUGUGUAUGCGUUCACAUUCUGAAAGUAACUGCUCUGAGCCAGGAUGUUUGAAAGAACCUGGGAUAUAGUUUAUGACUGGCUGUGAACAGUAACGGCCUGUGAGCGCACAAUUUAAUCCUCUCGGUGGAGCGGAUGACUCAUCAAAUGGAAUUUUGUCUAGUCACUGAGGGAUACAUCAGCAAAAUUACCCAGCAGUCAUCAGUUGCAAAGCACUUUAGUCAUAAUGAACAUCUGCCAGCAAAGGGUGGAAGAGUGAAAAGAAGUAUAUAUUGCACAAAAAAUGUCCUCUCUGUGGAAAUAGAGGUGGUAAUAGCGGACAUAAUGUAGAAAUGUCUCUUUUCUUCAGUGUGUUUAUGUGCUUCAAAGUAUGUUUUGUUUCCCGUAAUGGCCUAUAUAUAUGUAUAUAUGAAAAAUGUUAGCUUACAGCGUAUUGUUUCUUGCAGGGGCAAGACUGCAGUCAGUGUGUUUGUAUGUGUGCGUGUAUGUGUGUGUGUGUGUGUGUGUGUGUGUGUGUGUGUGUGUGUGUGUGUGUGUUUGUUUGGCACAGUGCCCAGCAGAAGGCUCCUUUCUUUUCAUUGGAAAAUCCUUGAUUCUGAAACAACCGAUUCAAGGACAGACAUUUGACAUUUUAACUUGUCAGACACCUCAUGGGAACUUUAAAUAAAUUAUUUAAAGUUUUCACUAUUAACCCCAAACACAACAAUACACUGAUAAAUGAACGGUCAAAGACGGUUCAUAACUGUACUGACAGUCUUCAUAAAUCACUCUCAGCCAUGCUUUCUUACUGUAGUAUGAGCCAGAUGACUUUAUCCUCUCUAUGUCGGCAUCCUUCUGUUCUUACAGAAAAUUUAGAAAAUGCCUUUCUUGAGUGGUAAAAUACUUUCACAGUCAUUGUAAACCAAAUGCAUGGCCUAAAUAUCUUACAUAAAAUGGGGACAAUGGGAGACACUUUUCUAAGGAAAGGGAAGAUGUAAGCCUGUGUCUUAAUCUGUAUGUGUGUAGUCAGAUUUGCAAUAUGUACAAGAAUCUUUAAACAUAAAUAAUAUCAUAAUCAAUAGGCUUCUUCUCAGUAACUUACUGAUGCCUAUUGUAAUGCUUUUACUGUAAGGUACUGGUGGAUCAAUAUACAACACAUUUCCUUGAGAGUUAGAAAUCUGUGACACUUAUUUACUGUUUUGAUUUUGACAAAGGAGAACCUUAUUGCCAUAAUACAAAUGUAAUAAUCAAUGCACUGGUGUUGUAGUACUUGAGUCCAGGACUCGGACUCAAGUCCGACUCGAGUCCUGAUUUUCAGGACUUGUGACUCGACUCGGACUUGAGCACUGCUGACUUGGACUCGGACUUGGGCUCAAGUAUUGACACACACACACACACACACACACACACACAAAUGCAUGCAUGUUGCGCACACAGUGCAAAGACAGCCACAGACACACAUGUUGUUGGUGUGGAAGUUCUUUAGCAUGAGUGAAGAAGACACAAAGCUUUCAAUUUUUAAAACCUUUAAGUCCAAAAAUCCCCAAAAAUCUUAUUUAAUUCUUAUAAGGAAAGAAAAUCUGAAUCAGCAAAAAUUGGAAUCAGUAGGUCAGAAAUUUAAAAAAUUGGCAAUCAGAAUUGGCCAAGAAAAAAUAGCAAUCGGUGCAUCAUUAAUAUUAAUAUGAAAUGGUGACAGCUGUAUCAUUUUUGUUUAAUGUAGACCUUUUUUAUUUGUAUGUCAGCUCUUUGACCGUGCCAGAGUGGAGCACUGGAGCCUCUUGGACUUGGACUCAGACUCGAUCUUGACUCGGACAUGACUCGGACUCUUCUUUGGUGACUCGGACCUGGACUCAGACUCGAACACUGGGGACUCAAGACUCGUCUGGGACUCAAGAUUUAGUGACUUGACUACAACACUGCAAUGCACACAUUUAAAAUAUAAAAAUAACGAUCAUGAGAAAAACAAAUUAGGGCUAAUGCAUAUAGCAAACCAACCUCCCUCCAAAAUAUCAUAUACACAUGAUGCUUCUAUCAUUCUAUUAAUGAAUCCUUAACAUUUAAGUUAAAAAAGAAGACAACAAAAAGAAGAUAACUUGUCCUUUUCAGUAAUCAUUUCACUGUAAGAUGUACCCAUUUUAACAUUUUUAAUGGAAACUCCUGGAAUGACUUUGUAAAAUACACAGCUAAUAUCUAUAUAUGAUUACAUUAUAUUUGUAGCUCCCACACACAGCCCACACGGUCCUUUGAGAAUUUCCAGUAUUAAGAGCCUGUGAGUCCUAGUUCAGGGAAAAGAAAACCCUAAGCUACAGAAAGAUAGUUUUCACAUUUUUUUGAUUGUUUUACAAAUCUUCUACAUCUACAAAUCAGCACAUUUAGAGAUCCUUGUACAGAUUAAAGAAUCUGAGUAAACACAUACGUAUUGAGAUACAGUUUCACAACUUGCCAGUCAUGGUUACAAUAAUUUUGCCACAAUAUUGGACCCAUACCUGUGGUGAGGGAUUAGUCAGAUGAGAAACACAGGCUUCCUGUAUCUGAUAAUUGCACUAAUGAGCCUUUUCUCUGUCAAACAGACAAUCUUUUCUAAGCUUCAAAUUACUGAAUAAACCUCCUUAAAUAUCCUUAUCUGCCCAUCAGACCUGAUCUUUAAGCUUGAUAUCAACAAAGUGAAUAUGGUCUUGAUUAAUUUUUUGGGCUGUAGUUUUUUGUGCUUCUAUAUGAAUUGUAAAGUUCAAAACAUAGUUAUGUCCAAAUUCUGGUUUGUUUGUGCUUGUUUGUUUACACUAUGGUGGCCUCUGACUGGCACAUUUGCCUACCUCCCCAUCCCCAAAACUACACUAUGAGUAUAACCAUAACUACGAUAAUGAAAACAAUCUGGAUUGUGUCCUCAGCCUGGCUUUUCCAUAAUACCUGUCCUUGCUCUGCUCACUGGCAGCAGCCGAAUUGCUUUCCAAGCUGAAUAAGCUGUAAUGAGCUCUGGGGUGAAAGUUGCCUGUUGCCAUAGUAAUGCAUCUCCCCACUCUGAUCCUCAUGCUCCCACAGCGGCACACCUGCUUUAUGUCUUCCAGCCCACCUGGCUACUGGAACACAUACUACACACACA